GCCCGCGGCCGCUGAUAAGUGAAGGGCUGCACGGCGGGAGCGAGCGCAGAGCGGGCGGGAACGGGACAGUGAGCGCCGGGACAGGGAGCGGGAACGGGAGAGUGAGCGAGCGCCGGGACAGGGAGCGGGAACGGCAACUGCGCGGAGCCGGCCACGGAAAGUACUUGUGGCGGCGGAGCGGCGUCCCGGCAGCGCCGGCACAAGGAGGAGGGCGGCGAGGCGCCCCGCCAGGCCGGGCGGGCUCCCAGCGCGGCGGCAGCAGCAGCAGCAGCCACCCCAGUAAGGCUCCGCGUUUCUCCUUCCCCGGCUCCGCGUUCCCCUUCCCUGGGAGGGUCGGGGUGCCCGCGGGGAGCUGAGCGGCGGCCGGGCAGCUUCCCCUCCCCGGACUGUGUUCUAUGAGUGCAAAGAUGGAGCCUACUUUCUACGAGGAUGCGCUGAGCGCCGGCUUCGCGCCGCCGGAGAGCGGCGGGUACGGAUACAAUAACGCCAAGGUGCUGAAGCAGAACAUGACGCUGAACCUGUCCGACCCCUCCAGCAACCUGAAGCCGCACCUGAGGAACAAGAACGCCGACAUCCUCACCUCGCCCGACGUGGGGCUCCUAAAACUGGCCUCGCCCGAGCUGGAGCGGCUCAUCAUCCAGUCCAGCAACGGGCUGAUCACCACCACGCCGACCCCGACGCAGUUCCUGUGCCCCAAGAAUGUCACGGACGAGCAGGAGGGGUUCGCCGAGGGCUUCGUGCGGGCCCUGGCCGAGCUGCACAACCAGAACACGCUGCCCAGCGUCACCUCGGCCGCGCAGCCCGUCACCAGCGGGAUGGCACCUGUGUCCUCCAUGGCCGGCAGCACCAGCUUCAACACCAGCCUGCACAGCGAGCCCCCCGUGUACGCCAACCUCAGCAACUUCAACCCCAACGCGCUCAGCUCCGCGCCCAGCUACAACACGAACAGCAUGGGCUACGCGCCCCAGCACCACAUAAACCCGCAGAUGCCCGUGCAGCAUCCCCGGCUCCAGGCGCUGAAAGAGGAGCCACAGACUGUACCUGAAAUGCCCGGGGAAACCCCUCCCCUGUCCCCCAUUGACAUGGAGUCACAGGAGAGAAUCAAAGCCGAGAGAAAGCGCAUGAGGAACAGAAUCGCGGCGUCCAAAUGCCGGAAAAGGAAGUUGGAAAGGAUUGCCCGGUUGGAGGAAAAAGUGAAAACUUUGAAAGCCCAGAACUCAGAGCUGGCAUCCACUGCCAACAUGCUCAGAGAACAGGUUGCACAGCUUAAGCAGAAGGUCAUGAACCACGUCAACAGCGGGUGUCAGCUCAUGCUCACACAGCAGUUGCAGACGUUUUGAAGAGACUCUUCAGCGGGAACUGUGAUGUUGUGGUACAACUAAAACGGGCGAAAUCCAAAGCGGCAGAGGCGUAAAGCUGAUGGCAAAGGCUGGAAGGCUGUCCUGCCUGUGCUCUGAAGGCGCAUGUGUGGAAAGACUGGCAAAGCCUUCGGCUGGAGCCGGGAGUGGAGCGGCCGGCGCCGCGCCGGGAAGGGCUGUUCCUGCUCGGAUGAGAUGUCAGAUCUUCGUUUAACAUUGACCAAGACCUGCAUGGACCUAACAUUCGAUGAUCAUUCAGUAUUAAAGGUUAAACUGCAAUAGAAACUGUAGAUUGCUUUAUGUAGUAUUCCUUAAGAAAAAAACAAAACAAACAAACAAAGUGGGAGGGAGGUUUGUGGGAGGCUGAUUAAAAAAAAACAAACAAACUAUUCUGCCUGCCUUCAAGUAAAUUGUGUAUGUACAUAUCUUUUUUUAUUUUAUUUUAUGAAAGUUGAUUAAUGUCAAUAAACUACUUCAUGACUUUGUAAGUUAUUUUUAUGUUGUUUAUUUGGGCACUGCCCAGUAUUGUUUGUAAAUAAGAGGCUUUUUUUUAGCACUCUGAGUUUACCAUUUGUAAUAAAGUAUAAUUUUUUAAUGUUUCUGUUUCUGGAAAAAAUUCUAGAAGGUUCUAUUAUAUUUAAGAAAAAAUAAAAUAAUUAAAAUGUA